CAAAGUAGUUUACUCAUACUCCCACACUUUCUCCUAAAUAGCCAAAAAAAACAGAGCAAAAACACUGAGUAAGAAAGAAAGAAACAAAGAAAAAAUGGCAAGUAUAGUAAAGAGAAUGAAGUUGGGUUCUCAAGGUUUAGAUGUAUCAGCUCAAGGUCUUGGUUGUAUGGGAAUGUCUGCUUUUUAUGGCCCUCCAAAAUCUGAGGAAGACAUGAUCACACUUAUACACCAUGCUAUCAAUAUUGGCAUUACUUUUCUUGAUACUUCUGACUUUUAUGGACCUCAUACCAAUGAGAUUCUCCUUGGCAAGGCUCUGAAAGGAGGAAUGAGAGAAAAGGUACAAUUGGCAACCAAAUUUGGGAUUAAAAGGGUUGAUGGUAAGAUCGAGGUGCGUGGUGAUCCUGCCUAUGUGAGAGCUUGUUGUGAGGCUAGCUUGAAGAGGCUUGACGUUGAAUGCAUAGACCUUUAUUAUCAGCAUCGCAUCGAUACGAGUGUUCCCAUUGAAGUCACGAUGGGGGAACUUAAAAAACUGGUUGAAGAAGGAAAGAUCAAGUACAUUGGUCUAUCGGAAGCAUCUUCAGCAACAAUCAGACGAGCACACGCAGUCCAUCCAAUAACAGCCAUACAGAUGGAGUGGUCUCUAUGGUCACGAGAUAUAGAGGAAGACAUAGUACCUACUUGCAGAGAACUUGGCAUUGGCAUUGUUCCGUAUAGUCCUUUAGGACGUGGAUUCUUUUCUUUGGGGCCGAAGGUGGUUGAAACUUAUUAUGAACAUGACUAUCGCAAGGAUCUACCGAGGUUCCAGCCUGAAAACCUUGAGCAUAACAAAUACAUUUUCGAACGUGUGAGCGAAAUGGCAGCAAGGAAAGGGUGCACCACAUCGCAGCUUGCUCUAGCAUGGGUUCAUCAUCAAGGAGGUGAUGUCUGUCCCAUCCCAGGAACCAGCAAGAUCAACAAUCUGAACCAAAAUAUCGCGGCUUUAUCAGUGAAACUUACACCAGAUGAAAUGGCUGAACUCGAGUCUUUUGCCUCAGCAGAAAAUGUGAAGGGUGAAAGAUCUUGGAACAAAGUUUACUCUUGGGAAAAUUCAGAUACUCCACUGCUAUCUUCUUGGAAGACAGUAGAAUAAUCUUUCCACAGCUUUGAUGAUUGUGUUUAUGUUUCAGUGAUGCAAAAUACGAUGUUGUUCUAUAAGUCUUUUAAGUUAUUCUAGUCUAGGAAGUGAGAAUAAAGUUGAAUAAGAUCAUUUGAGUUGGUUUUGUGUGUA